CUCGACUCUUUAUCAUAACUUUUUUGAUCUCUCCUUGGAAACUUCCCUUCCUUCUUUCGUUCACAGGGAUUACCGUCGCAAUGGUGUGUUGUUUUCCUCCCUGUGAUCCACCAGCUCCACUUCCUGAUACACCUGUUUGUCAGGUAGGAUAUCUGCCCACAGUGUGCAGACACCGCGGAGAGACUGAGUCAUGACAAACUAGACUAUGGACGGAAUUUUACCGGAGAUUUGACGCACUUUGGUCUCCUUUUUUGAUCAUUAUCCGUGGGAACCCGGUUUUAUAUCUGAACAUGAGUGGACGGAGCCGGAGGAGUCCCGCUCUAAAUGUGGUCUUGCUGCUGUAUUUGGUGGUUUUCUUCGGUGAGUAAACAGGCCUGGAGCUGCGCUUUCAUGCUACUCUUUCAACACAAUUUACAACACAAGUCUGCUGAGGCUUACGCUGUCCUGUUAGCGACAGAGGCCGGUUUUUCUUCGAUUAAACUUCGGACAGACAGUGUGAAACUUUUUGUAAAGUUGACUGAGUUUGAGAAAUCCAUUUCUUACUUUCCACUAGUGGAAGAGGAUAUAGCAGCAGCUCUGCAAACAUUAGCCAUGGAGAGACUAACAUUACCAAGGACAGAAAUACGGCCGCUUAGAGGCGUUUAUAAUCCUGUUUAUGGGUUAAGUUAACAGGAGAAUUCAAACUAGGAAAUGCUAAUGUAAGGAAGCACAAAGCAGCCAUAGACACAUUAGAUAUAGCUGACCCUUUUCCCCAGACUAUUUACCUAACAGUCGCUCUCUUAUAAGAUUUACGUUAUAUAUUGUUUGAGAAUAGAUACACUAUGUCAUAGAAAUAAAGAAAUUAUUGUAGGAGUAUCACGUUGUGAUGUUAUGAGAAAAAAAUCAUCAUGUCAAAUACAGUUAAACUUAAUAGUUUAAUUAAUUUACUGAGAAUAAAGCUCCUAUGUGACUAUUAAAAAGUAUGAUGUUAUGAGAUUGAAGUUUGUUAAACAGAUAAAAGAAUUAAUGAAGGGAAACAUAUGAACUGGUCAGCCAUUAUAACUGGGUGGCGGAUGGACGGCCUGCCACCAUGUAUACCUGUGAACAUCCUGCAAACAUGGGGGUUAUCUACAACAAACUAAUAUCCUCUAUGUCCAUGUGUGGGACACGCUGGACUGUCUGGAUGUUUUUGAUUGGUUGAUAUUAAUAUUGAUAUGAUAUUGGUGUCGUUACAUGUCCUCUUCCCAAAGCAGGCUAUAAGAGUAAAAUGUCAUUGAAGAGCAGUACAUUACAAACAGGACUCUGCUCUGUGGGCAGAUGUUUGCUUUUCCCUGACAGUGUUUGAUCUGUUAUUCAGGCAGCGGAAAUGACACAUGCAUACAGAGAUGGUUAGUGUGCUGUAGGUUUAGUUUGAAAACAGACUGCAUGGAAAUGUUGGAGCAGAUUAGUAUCAUUAUGGUUUCCCUCAUGCUAUUUAAAGUCAAGGAGCAGUGUUCAAAUAUAGACACUUUUCCACCAGGGUUACGAGAGGACACCACAAACCUCUCCCAGUGUGACAUGUUUUUGUUUGGCUUCGGUUUAGUUUCUAAUUUGUCCACACAUCUCGCUGAAAAUGAGUGAAAAGAAAAUCACUGAUGAACUGAUUACUUUCCUAUCCCAUCCCAUCACUGUAUUGAUAUUAUCACAUCUUAAAGUUCAAGGACGGCUCAGUUUCCAUGGCCCUGUGUUUGUUUUCCUCUUUCAUGGAGCGAUAGCUUUGUUCGCUUGUCAACUCGCUCACCCUAGGGUCUUUGCCGAUAAGUUGGGCUGAUUCCCGGAUAUCUUCUCGCUCUCUUGUGUAAGAUAAACUUUGUUCUUAUCAUGAUUUUUGGGGAUUUCAGAUGCAACAAAUGGUGUCUGUUUGAGAUCCGAUGUACCCAGGGGGCAAUUUUGCCCCAGCUUUGUCCCCUGCUAGACAAAUAUUCCUGUUUUUCAUUUAUGCCCCUUAAAUACUGUGUUUUUAAUUCACUUCUGAGCUGCUAUCAGUCAGAUAAUGAGUGAGUGGUUUUAUAUUGGAGGCUCAAGUGCAUGGCAUUAAUUAUGUCUGAAGAGCUAUUCCAUACAUCUACUAAUACUGUCAAAUCUGCUGCUGGUAUUUGAUUGGUAAAAAAAAUGAUUGGAUUAUUUAUCAGUAUUGAUUCAGAUCAGCUGGUGACUCUUAGUGACUCUGUAGAUCCUUCUCUCAUGGUGCUGGUUUUAAAGCUGACACAAGUGUAGAAAAAAGAGACCCAAUGUAAAAAGGUACAAAAAACUGCAGUUUCCACUAGAGGACCUGCAAGUGGCUCCUAAAGCCAAAAAACACCUUUUGGGCCUUAUGAGCUUAUCGUGACUGAAAAUCAGACAAUAUAUUGAAAAGAUGACACUGGGGAUUUGUUUCUUUGUAUGUUUUUUUUUUUUUUUUUACUGUGAUAGAAAAUAUGUGUUGACCCAAAUACAAGACGACCCCUCUUUUUGAGAUGAAUUUGAAGGGAAAGAGCAAAGAGAAUUUCUUUGUUUAUGAGAGAUUGGAUCUGGAUUAUAUCUGAAAAUACUCUGUUCUACUCUGUGGGACAGGAAAGCUCCUGGAUGCCAUGAUAACUCUGAGUUUUUAUCAUUGAACAGCGGUCAGUCUCACAAAGCGAGUGGAUUUUACAGAAAGUCAGUAUGUUGUACUGUUAUGUGUUUGGUGCUGAUAUGGUGAAAAACUAAUGUCAAAUAUCAAAGUUGACCAUGAAGGUGUUAGAAUCCUUAAAUUUAAGACAAUCACACUUUUUUAUGGCAGGAAAAGAAAUCUUAAUAUUCAUGUGAGUGUGGCAGGUCUACAACUUUGUGCAGUAGCUAUUUUAAGAGCCCCUUCAGCUUAACUGUGCUGCUCUUGUCCCUGAAAAAAGAAAUAAAGAUGAACCAGAGAAAUGAAGGUAAAAAUAUCUAAUGAAAAUUCUCAAAGGUCAAAUGAUGAUAGUCUCCAACAAUUGCAUUUUACCCCUCUACUAAGAACUUCUUGAUUACACUGAAAUACUAUGUUUAUGUUUAGCACAAUAUCAAUAUUUCUUGUUGCUUAGAGUCAAAUCUUACAGAAAACGGAGACCCAAAUCAGGUAUUCAGGCAUCUCCGUCUGUCUGCUAUGUGCCCUCAUGUAGAUAUUCAGGCUCCAAAUUGUGGGUGGGUGGGUGCAGGUUUGGAUCAUUUUUCUGGUCCAUUCUGCCUCUUUCUGUCCCUACAUGGACUGUUUCCCUGAAUGUUACUGAAGCCCAUUCUCUCUGUUCAAACACAGUCGGACACUCCAAACAGACUGUAAAGAAAAACCAGAAUAAUACCCAAAUUAAUCAAAAGUCAUCAGUCAUUUGCAGGUGUCCAAGUACACAGAUUGCUUUGUUAGUUGGGGAUGUUGUACUCGACCAUAAUGUGCCUCCGGAGUCAUGAUGAAAGUCACCUAACCUUCUUAUUUAUUCAUAAAAAUGUCUCCACAAUGACUCAUUGUCACUGAAUAUUUGAAGGGUUUCUUUAAAAACGUGUGUUAGUAUUCAGCUCAUGUCUGUGGCUACAGUGUUGGAGGCUCCUGGGUUUCUGGCAGGCCUCUGAUGGUACUCUGAAUGAAGUGAUGACUGUGAAAGAGCGUCAACAGACACAGGGACACAGAUUUACAUGCAGAGAAAGGCCCCUGACAGACAGAUGUGUGGCAGACCUGUCAGAAACAACAAGAGGGGCUGGUGAGAAACUUGAAAAAGGACGUCUCUCACUUCACUUUAUACCUGGAGGAAUUUGCUGUUCUGGCACUUUCAUGCCAGCUCAAUGUGGGCACAUUUAUAACCCCUAUCAGGUUUUCUUGUUCGGGAUUUCUCCCGCAGUAAGAGAGAGAAAUGCCACUCAGAACCUGUCUCCUUCUAUUCUCUGUUCUGAUUCCUCCCGUAAACACGUCGCUCUGUUUACGUCUCAUUCUUCUUUGUCCUUGUUUACCGCCGUCCUCUGUGUCACUCAUUCGUCAUCUUUAUUUUACUCCCUCUCUCCAGCUCCUUCCCUCGUCUCCUCCAUCACAGUGAGGACCCCAGCGGAGCUCCAUGCAUCCAAAGGAGACACUGUCACACUGUCCUGCACUUUCACUUCAUCCAGUAGGCCGACCAGUAAGAUGACAGUUGACUGGUCUUACAGGCCCCAGAGUGGGGGGCCGCCCCAAACUGUGAGUAUAUUUAUUUGAAUAACUGGAGUUAUAAUCAUCUAAGAGAUCCUGUGAAUUAAUAAAGAGAGCGUAAAUUAGGGUAAACACUCAGUGGUCCCGUUAGCUUAGCAGUGUACCAACAGCGUUCAUGAACAUGCUGACGAGCAAAACAACACGUGAAAUAUUUUAUAAAUUUAGUGUUAUGGCUGCGUGUUUGUGUGUGUGUUUUUCCUCCUUUUGUCUCCCCUAGCUGCCCAGGUGAAAUCACUAAGUGACAGUAAUACUCACCUGGUGCUUAGAAUUUAAAGGCCCAGAGUAGUGCUGGACGAUAAUUCGAUAACAAUAUAUAUCGAUCGAUAGACGUGUGGUGCGAUAGAAAAAAAACGGGUCGAUAAAAAGUUCGAUAGAAAAACACAGUUUCCCUUUCUUUUUCAUCAUAGCCUAUCAUGUAGCUUUUACUACAGUCAUUACUUCCUCCCAACCAAUUACAAACGCAGACCCAGGUACGCUACGGCACCAAGCCCAGCCCCUAUCAAACCACAACAGACAGCACGUGUAUUAGAAAAAAUGAUACAGCAAGGAGAAGCGGAGGACAUUGUCCCGAAAAAAGGUUUCAGUAGUUCACCAGCAUGGCAAUGUUUUGGUUUUUAGAAGUCUGACAAAAAGCGAACAGCGGUCGUUUGCAAAAUUUGCAGAGAAUUAGUAAAAACCAAGUCUGGUAACACAACCAACUUGUUUUACCAUCUAAACCGAUCGCACCCGCAGGAGUACGAGCUGUGUCGGCCGCGCCGCGGCUCCACGUCAUCGUCGGAGCCAGCACCAGCACAAAGCAUGUGAAGCAGACCAAACUGGACUUCGUUUCUUGCCAAAAUACGACAAAGCGUCCGAGCGGCAUAAGGACAUCACCCAUGCAGUAACAUGCUCCAUAGCGAGGGACAUACUGCCAAUAACUACCGUUGAAAAGCCUGGCUUCGACCAGCUUCUAGCCACUCUCGACCCGCGAUAUGAAGUGCCCGGCCGCAAGUAUUUCUCAAACACAGCGCUUCAGGCAUGAAAAUGGGUCAGGGGUUGAAAAGGUGAGAAGGGUGCGGAGGAAAUACGUUCCGGUGUUGUUCCGUAGAAUGCACACCUGCAUCCCGUCCACUCAUUAGCUUCUUAAAGUGGAAGAAAAUGAGCUCAUAUUUUACAAAGACGCGAGUAUUUGGAUCAUGGCUACUAGCAGGGGGUGCAUUCGGCAGGGGUGCAUUCUACGACACAACACCGGCGUGGAUAAGUCCUGCUUCUCGUGCUUAGUUUGUGUAUGAAGUUAAUCACAUGAUAAUUAAAAAAAAAAAAAUCUCCCGACCCCGGGAGAAAUAUUUCAGUGUUCAGACACCAGGCUGUGGGCAGUUUCCCACACAGUUAAAACUGGUAGUAUGCUAUUCCCACCUAAAGCUAUUCUGUUUAUUUAUAUAUUUGUUUGUUUUGUUUAUUUUCAUCAAAAGACUAUUUAAAUAUUUAUUUUAUCAGAUUUUCUGGUCACUUUAGUCUUUAUGUUUGUCAGUCACUCAGGCCACUUAAGUUGAUUUCUUUUUUUUUUUAGUUCUUUUUUAAAAAACUUUCAGUUGUGGUAAAAUAAAAAAGGUGGUUGAAUAAAGAUUUGAAUUUGAAUUCAGUGCUUGUGUGUUCUUUAUUAAAAGUAGGUCAUUAAGCAAUAGCAUAAAACAUCCAGGGCUGCAAUUAAAAUAUAUGUUAAAUAAUUAUAAUAAUUAUAUCGAUAAUUAUCGAUAUCGAUCAAUAUGAUUUAUUUUUUAUCGAUAUGCUUUUUUUCUAUAUCGUCCAGGCCUAGCCCAGAGCUGUCUGCAGUCGGGAGAGGCAUUUGGUGGGGAACUGCUGCCCUGCUGCCUCUCAUUUGUGUUGUGGAAUCUUUGUGUUUAGUUAAUUUGUUCUUUUGUCACGAUAAAUCACUUGUUAAGCCAAAACCAUACAGGAUCCGUAUUUAGCGCUUUCCAUAUUUGCUCUGUAGAGCAGCCCUUGGUAUCACAUACAGGAUAGUGCAGCCCCGGUCAGCAGGGCUCAGUAUAGAAGAGACAACAUGCUCACAACAGGUUGUUUUGCCUUUCUGUGGUCUAUUUCCUGCUAAUUGGGAUAUAAUUCACUGAUUGUUGAGCCUCUACUGUAUGUGAAAAAGCAACGUGAUUUUAUAGUAUUGUUUUUUUCAGGUGUUUGCAUGUUUACAUUCUACAGUCAUUUCACACUCAGACACAGAAUAUCAUUAAGCCUCGGAAGUCUCAGAAGCAGAAAUGGGAGCUCUGUGAGAGACUGCGUAGGCACAUUGUUGAACAAUAAUGAUUUUUGUCCUACUCUUGCAAAAAAGAUUUUCUGUGAAAUAGGAUUCACAGCCUGUUUUGAACCAUAUAAGAGGAUAUAGGGGUUGUUUGAGUUGCAUGUGAGACUAACCUUUAAUGCAUCCCUCACUUUGCACACACAGCUCAUUUGAAUACUCAGGUGGUUUAUUUGCAUUUGAGCUCCUCUUUUCAUGAUCUCUGAAUCAGUGUGUCUCAGUUCUGAUACAGGCUCUCCAACUUUGAUUUAUUAAUAUCACUCCUGAGGUUUUCUCCACUCACAUUUCAGCCCAUCUCUUGAGCCUUUCACAAACCUGUCCCAGAGACCCUGGUCAGUUAUGACAAUACCCCUUCCUAUUUUGUGGAUUUGGUGGUCUUGUCUGAAAUGCAUCCAGAUGUCUAUUACAGCCCAUAACUGCACUCAGUCCUCUAACCCCGCACAUAUCAGGGUUGAGUUUCAGUGACCAGCCCACUAAAACACCACCACAUGAUUUAAGCAGGUCCAUUUGUACCAUUUGUUUGAAGAUAGUCUUCCAAUGUGGUCUUAUGUAAUUGCAUUUGGACCUUGGGAAUCCAUAGUGUGGUAGCUGCAACCCUAUAUGCCAUCAUUUCCUAUAGGAGCACUCAGAGUUAAGUGGAGGCUAAUGUUUUGUGGCUCCGCUGAUAUGGAGUGCUGUUGGUUUAGUCAUUACAUUGAGAGUGUGUUGGAGUGUGUUUGCACAUGUGUUUCAGUCAGCACAAAGCUUGGUAUUACCUCACAGAGUUUGGCAGGUGAUUGUCAGAAGGUGUGUCAAAUGCUACCUGAGAAAAAAAGUCACAGCAGUGCCCAGCCCAGCUCAGCUGUUUAACGCCGGGUUAACAAAGCGUAGCAGCCUCCUGAUCUGGCCUGUAGAUGGGACUAAAUCCUGAAUUCCUAAUUCUUAUUUCUCAGCUUUCAUUUACUUUCAAUCCAAUUUCAUUAACGUUUUGGCUGCUUUAUUGGCCCGUGUGUCCCCAGCCGUAUAUCACACCGGGAAGGACCAUGAAUAAGCAUGUGAAAAGCUCCAUCAGAAAAUAUAAUUUUGCAGCCAAAGCUUUAGUGUCGGUCUGAAUUGCCGCAGUGCUUCAGUGGCUUGCAUAAUUACCUCGGUCCUGAUGAGAAUUAAUUUUGAAGAUUGGAGACAAGCGGCUGAAUGCUCAAUCAAAUAUCAGUGGGAGCCAAUGGUAAUUGGAGGAUUUGGCCAUUGAAUUUGCUGAAUAAUGCUAAAAAUAAAUCUACAAUGUUGAUCUAGGCGCUUUUUAAAUUUUUUUUUUUUACUGUGAGUCAGUGGGGGCUUUCGAUUUAUAGAGAGCAUGGCGUCGGUUCAAAACAAUCCCUCCCUGUUGUUUUGCUGCUUUUAUCAUGAGUUUGAAGGGGUUGUUUGGCUGUAGUGUUUAACUCCAGGCUGAGCAGACUCUUGUGUAGUCACUGACUUCAUGCUGCUGUCCAGUGUACAAAUAAUCAGUGGUUGGAUGAAUCACAGUGCAGAGAUAAGCAGGUUUAUCUCCGCCAGGCCCACAAUCAGUCUGUCAUAAACAUCCAGCUUAUAUACUCGCUGCUGUAAAACACUCAAACUGAAUCAGUGUCUGGGAUCCUGCAUGUGAUCUUGUUUGCUUAUGUGUGCUCAGAGUUUAUUACAGAGCCAUAAAUUCAUCCCUGUGUGGAAUCAGUGUGAACUUUCUGAACAUACACUUAUUACAUAAUCUCUUUCUUUACACUUUGAGUUAAGUAUUUUUACACUGUGAUCAAAACUUGAAGGAUUAAAGCUCUUUUACAGUUUACAUUUUAUCACAGGCUGCAGAUCGAACCUGUCUGUAGGGGCAUGUAUAUGACCAUGAUCUGGAAAAAUGCCUUACUUUUUAGCCCGGCAUUUGUCUGCCUCCCUCAUCCCUUGGCUUUUCAGGCACAUUCAGAAACACACUCCAUCAUCUCUGCCUCACAGUUUGAACAGCUUUUGCACAAUGUGACUUAAAUUCAAAUUCAUAAUCUUAGCGAUACUCACAGGUCUACUUAUUGCUUGUUGAUGCUAUCAUAUUAGAAUAUCUUGUAGGAGACACUUUGUGCAAAGCAAAGUUGAUUUAAGAGAAAGCACAACACAAGCAAAGAUGUAGACAGUAGGGGUGGGAGAAAAAAUCAAUACAGCAUAGUAUAGUGAUAUUUUGUCUGGUGAUAUAUUGUAUCAUCUCACUGACCAAGUAUCGAUUUUUUUUCAAAUGAAUUGCUAAUACGAAGUCAAAUCUAUGAUAAUGGAAAAAUAAGAUCAACUGUUUGUCCAGUGAGGUUGGCAGAGGUGACAUCAUAGAGCAGGAGAAAGUUAGUACAACAAAUAUAGCAACACCUGGUGAAAGACAUUAGGAAUGCAAAUGAUGGACCUGACACAUGAGGUUUACAAGAUGUGCUACAUGAAAAUAAAUACUGUGUGAAUAAAACAAACAUAAAAGAAAGACAAAUGCUUAAUUAGCCAAACAGUUAAAAAUAUAUCAAUCGCAGUCUAGUUUCGCAAUACUCACUGUAUUGCAAAAUGUUAAGAAUCGCAAUAAUAUCGUAUCGCUGCGCAGGUACUGUGAUAUUAUCGUAUCAAGGGGCCACUAGUGAUUCCCACCCCUAGUAGACAGGAGGAAACAACAUGAGUAAGUGCUACAAACUGCCAUAGGUGGACAAAGAGCUGCCAUGCAGUGUAUUACCAAUAGAAUAUGAUAUCGAUGUUCAGCAUCAACAGUAUUUUUAUUCCAUUUCACUUCCAGAAAAUGUGGCGCUUCACUGGCAGAGCUGUUGCCACCAUCCUUCACUGGAUUUUGCUCACCUAGACCCAGUAUAAAAUGAGCUGCGUGCAUCGGCCUGAAUCAAAACCAUCCAUGUUGUUUUUAGAAGAAAUCAAUAACUCCUCCUGCACUGCUGUGAGGGUUCAGAUAAGGAACAAGCAGUUCUGACCUUAUCCUGCAACUCAUCUAAAAGCCUCUUGAUGUCUUAAUGUCCCUGAUACAACUCAAAAAGCCCAGCACAAGAUGCAGUUCAGAAGAGUAAUGGCAGGGCGUUCCUGUUACAUGGCUUCAUCUUAUUUAUCUCAGUAUUACAUUUAGUUAUCUAGUAGCCAGUUCAAUCAUCAUGUAAAGUGAAAAAUGAAUAAUAUAUAAAAAUGAAUGACAAUGCACAUUAGCCAAUCACUGAGAGCUGAUAUUUAAUUGAGAGUAGUCCAGAGAUGACAGAUCAAAUACUGAAGCUGCAAAAUGUUUCAGUUUGAUGAAAAAAAUCAAGUUUGGAAAGUAAAAGGUUGUCCCAGUCUUGCCUAAUGGAGGAUUUCUGGUGCUCGACAGUUACGGACUGAAUUCAGGAGUGAAUCAGGACUUCAGUCAGUCCAGUUUCUCAGCAGGACUCUUUUACUACAGAGCCAUGCUGUUGUAAACCCUGUUGUCAGAAUGUGGUUUGUCACUGUCUUGCUGAAAUAUGAAAGUCUUCCCAGAGAAAGUCAUCGUCUGGAUGUCAGCAUAUGUUGCCCCUAAACCUGUAGAUCUUGUUCAGUAUUAAUGGAGCCUUCACAGAUGUGGAAGAUACCCAUGACAUGGACUUUGAUGAUCCCCAUACCAAACGGGGUGGUCCCUCUACUCUUUAUAGUGCGGCUACAUGGUUUCCAAAAUUAAUGUCAAAUUUUAAGUCAUCAGACCAUUGGACAGUUUACCUCUACCCCUCAGUCUGUCUUAAACGGAUUCAGGUCCAGAGAAGUCUGAUGUUUGUCUCCUCUUUGCAUGAUUCAAUUUUAAACCUGAAUCUGCGUUCACAGAUAACAGCUUUUGGAAGUGAUUUUGAACUUGUUGUGGGAUUUCCACUACAGAGUCUGUUUGUCUGUUUCUAAUGCAGUGCUGCCUGAGGGCCAUCCUGUUUAGGUCUUCUGUACUGUGAGAUUUCUCCAGAUUCUCUGAAUCAUUUAGUGAUGUUAUAUACUGUAGAUAAUGAAAUCCACAUAUUUUCAAAAUAUUUAACCCUGAAUUUUGUUUAAAUAAUUUAUAAACCAAACCAAUCAACAUUUCACACUUGUUUAAAACACGUAGGUUAUACUCAAAGUCAAAUUUUCACAUUUGUUUAUUUGUACUAUAACCCUUAGUUUUCGGGCAUUUCUCCAGAUGACUAAUCAGAGCAUCAUUUAACUUUACUAAACUAAAACUCUAGGCUCCUUGCUGACUCAGUGACAACAUAAACCUUCAAUUUUCACAUUUUUAUCACUCUUACUCCGCCUACACCAGACUUGACCUCUGGAUGUUUUGGAGGGUUUUGGGUCCUGUUGGCGUGGGAGUAAUGAUGUGGUCCCUACAAACAAACUUAUGCUGUAAACCUGAAACUGAGGAGUGAAAAAAAAAGUUUUUGAGACGCUGGAGGAUCAUAUUUUCUCAUGAGCACACUGGUUUUUUUGACUGGCGCUUGUUGAGAUUUAUAUCUAUAUUUCUGGGUUUGAACACUGACAGCACUGUUCACUGUGCCUCCGACAAUAUUGCCAAAAGGAAAUGUCCCACCGCCAUCUGUCCCACCACCUGUUGUUUCAAUCACUUUUCCUCAGACACACACAUUACAGAGCGAUUAUUCACAUGAUUUGCUCUCUUGUCAUUGAGUUAGAGUUGUAGGUUUUGUUUGCUUGUUAAAAACUUAAGUCUAAGUGUGCUUAAUGAUAAGAAAUACAUUCACUCACUCACACAGUCUGCUUCUAAGAAAUAAACGUGAUUGUUAUUCUUUCCCUCCAGUUUUUCCACUUCUCCUCACGGGCCUUCCCUCCGCUUGACGGUCAGUUUAUGGGUCGUAUCCGCUGGCAGGGGAGUCCAGCACGUGGGGAAGCCUCCAUUUCUCUGAUUAACGCCACAUUGAAAGAUAAUGGGACAUACACGUGCUCGGUCAGGAACCCUCCUGAUGUCCACGGGUCCCCGAAUUCACACACAGUACUCAGUGUCACGCCAAGAGGUAAGAUGGUGUCAGAGAUAUACAUGUGCUCAUUCAACUUUAUGAAUUCACUUUCAGUUUUGCUGAUAUGAACAAGUCAAAAAUCCCUCUCCUUGCAUCUUGAUUUUUCCUGCAGCAGCCCAGUCUGAACAUCUUUUUGCUGUUCUUGUCAGCUAGUGACUGAGAGGGCAGUAUUUCCUGCACUGAGAGGAUGAAAUAUAAUUACAUGCGCCACCACAAGGUGGAAGUAUUUGUAAGGAAGGUCUGUCAGGCUGCCAGAACUCUGGGGAGCCGUCUGUCAUAUAAAGACGUUUAUUCUGCAUGAGUGAAAAGCAAUGCCUCUGCCUCAACAUGUCCACUACCUGUGACAACAGCAGGCUAAACAGCUAAAUGCUGGCUCACCUUGCUUGCCAAUUCGUCUAGUAUCGUAGAGUGCAGCCAGUUAACACUGCACCUUUGUCUUAGAACAUCAUACCCAUAGUAAUCAUAACGCUCCCGGGUUAAUCUGGUAAAAUGUGAUUGGGUUACUUUUGAACAUUUAGAGUAAAACACGCCUGUUGGUACAGUUAUGUUUCGUAAGACAUCUGGCUCCUGAUCUACCAGGUAUUGAUCCAGCAUUGUUUCAUUUUCCAAAAUAGUAAGACUACUCCUGGCACCAGUAUCAAAGCUAAAAUCUCUGUCAGCCUCUGCCGCAGCUCUGUUGUGAGCCCAUUUGUUAAAAGCAGAUCACACAAACUAUAAGUGACCUUGAUUUUAUGACUGAUAUUUAUGAUUAUGAAAUGUGAGAUAAAUGGAAACAGAAAGUUGAACAUUUCCACUUGAAUGUCUUAUUUGAUUUUGGGAGGUUGAGGCAGCAGCAGAAAAUGAAAGGAUGACUGUCCUCGGGCUCUGUGUGGCUGAUGUCAGAGUUUGGCUCUGUUGCCGCUGAAGAGAAAAACACUCACUUAUUACUGGGCGGCGGCUGCCUCUUUUCUUUAAAUAUCCUAACAGUUAACUGGAAAACGUGACUCAGAGGUUGCUCAUUGAUAUUGAUUUCAGGGAACUGGCAGAACUUUUUUUCUUUUGGAUGAAUUAGAGGAAGUAGAAAAGUCCAUAAAGUCUGAUUCUGUGUCAGCUCUGACUUCACAGGUUUUACAGUAAAUUUUCGACCCACAGAAUCAAACCACAUGUUAAAAGUCCCAAUCUGUUUAUCCAUCUCGUACAACAUAUUCCUGAUCAGCUGUUGGAGACAAAUUAGUAGUGACCAGGCUUUUUUAUUCAAUCAUUUAGUCAGCAGCUUAAUAUCAUGUCUGAAUGCGGAGUCUUCCUCAGUCUAUGGUAAGUGUGGUCAUAAACAGCCCAUCAAUGAUUUUCUAAUAACCUUAUAUCCUCCUUUCCCAGCGCCCAGCGUUCGCUUCUCAGAUGUCGCGGUCCUCCUGGCCUUCAUCCUCCUCCCCUCAGCCAUCAUCACCCUCAUCCUGAUUGGGCGGAUGCUCUGUCCAAAGAAGCGGCGCGACCAAUCAAGGUCCUACAGGUCGCCUAUUGAGGUCACAGAGGGGUGAGUGGAUUUAUUCAACCAGUGACUCCUCGGGGUCUCCAGGGGGCAAUAAUGUUCAUGGCAGGCUCUGAUGGUUGUUAAUGUUCAUCCCAGGGACUAAUAUGAGAAAGGUUAAAGCAGAGUUUGAGCUUGUUGCCUAAAGAGCUGAACCCUUAGUGAUCAGCUCUCUAGACUGCUCAGGACUCUGCAGUCUCCUCCCUGCGGUCUGACUCACAGUGGAGCUGGUAUUUGUGCUGUGACUGAUGUGAAACAGGAAUAUAAAUGAGAAACAAACCAGAGCCUCACUGUAAAACACAACAGCCUUUAUGGAGUACAUGGUCUGGGGAGUUUAAACAAAAAGCAGCAGCUCAGUUUGUGUCAGGCCAAUUAAUGAGAUUUUUUGAUUAUCCGAGCAGAACAUCAGUCACUGUUUGUUUGGAGCUACAAUAUUUAUUUGUCAGGGUUAUUAAUUUAGUGUAUUAAUGUUUUCUGUUUAAUCUGCAGCAUGACCCCCGUCUCUGUUCUUCUCUCUGUACUCAGACCUCCUAAAACCACUUCACUGACUCCAAUAUAAGUCGUUAGUUUCCUUGAAAUGCAACUGGAAAAAGUGGGAUUGUCUCACAUUCAGGUUUAGUUGUAAAUGAGGUUGAGUUGACACUGUUGUGUUUACAAUAUCAGUCCUAAAAUUAGAACUUAUGUAUGUACCAAUUCACUGUAAAAUCCACUCCUUUUGUGAGACCGGCUGAGUGUGUUUCUGCAACAUCCAGGAUAUUUUCUAUCCCACAAAGAAGAUCAGUGUAUUUACAGAGACUGUCCAGAUCCAGUCCCUCCAACAAAAAAAAAGAAAAUAAAUCUAAGAUGAUUUAUGGAUGAAUUUGAGUGAAAGAGUGACAUUUCUAGGUAGAGGCCACCAUCUUUGUUUAGAUCUGUUGAGCAAUCAGAUGCUCUAGCUUGUUCGUGGCACAAAUAUACGAUAGAUAGAGCUGUUUUGACUGGAUUUAUCGUGUUUAGUUCUAUUCUAGUAUCAUUACAUCUGUGUUAUUUCUCUGCACUAAUACUUUGUGUCCUGCUUGGGUGCCGUUCGUAAUUAACUGGGUAAAAAAGAGCUUGUGGAGGGGUUUUUGGGGCAGCUGUUCUAUUGCAGUCAUAACUAACUUUUCAUGAUCUGCUCUGUUUCCACCAGAGAGGAGUACAGCAUGCAUCCAUCGGGGGAUAAAGCAAAGAAAGCCUCCUGCUGUGACCUAUAUCUCAUGGUACAGUACUGAACGCUUCUUCAUACCUCACUGUCUCCAGACCCAUAAAUAACUCAAUGAGUCACGUCUGCUAAAUCCACUUCACCUUUAAUUUUACAUGGCCUCUAUGGCUGCUGACAGGACCUCAAGGUUUAUAAAAUAUUGAUUUUUCCAAUGAAGUUGUUUAGUGUCUGGAUCUCACUGAGUGUGUUUGUGUGUGCGUGUCUGUGUCUCUCUGAGUGUAGCAUCAUCUAACUGUCUGGUUUUUCUGGUCUGUCCAGGACUCGGAGGAUGAAGAGGGUUACUAUAACCUAAAAAAGAGGCCCCCUUUGGAUGAAGGCUAUGCUGAGUCUCAGUGCUAGAGAACCCCUGCUGGUUGGGAGGUGUAACUGCAUCAUCUCAACCUCCUGGUGCUCUGAAUAUAGGAGGUGCUGAAUGUGAACUGAUUCUGGAUUCACGUCUUCCUAAUACAGUCAACCAAGUGAAAGAGGCUCUGCGGAGUAACGUAUGAUUGUCUUGAAACAGUCUGAAACAUGCAACUCAAACUUUUGUAUUUAUAAUAAAAUAUGUCCGUUGUCAGGUUUACUUUUUUCUUACAUGCCUUUAAGUUUCCCAGUCUUUCUUAAAGACCUGCCCCCUGCUUCUUAGACCAGCCAGAUGUACGGACACAUAGGCUCUUAUUCUGAAAUUCUUUUUUCGACCUUAUUAGCUUAUUCUGUCUGCACAGGUAAGCAGGUUAGUCUGACUCUCUGCAUGCCCAUGCAAACCCACAGAGGAGCACUAUGUUUAUAUUUAUGUCCUGAUAAUUUACAUGUGUCACUUUCUUUAUUGUGAAGGAGAUAAUAACGUGUUGUCUAAUUUAUUGCCUUUGUCACAGUGGCUGUCUGAAUGUUGUUGAUGUCUUUGUUGGAAUAUUUCUUUAUCUUUGGACAGAAAACUAUUAGUUUGAUUUUGGACAUCAAAUGUGACAACUUGGAACUAUUUAUGCAAAAUAUUAUGUUUGAUAUUUUCAGAGCCUGUACAGCCCUGUACUGUGUCAUUAUUUCAGCUGUAAACAUGUCAUAAAAUCACUCGGUAUGUUUCGGGGAAAAUCUGACUUUUGAAACAGUCUUCCAUGGAUGAGGUUAUUUUGCUUUUUUAUGAGGUUCUUUGUUUUGGAUGCACAGCUUUGCUCUGUUUGUACAUGUCUGCCUGAAUAAAUAGUUCAAGAAGAGAUUUUUCUGCUCUAUGGGGGAUGAACAGGACUUUUUAAACAGAUGCUUCCAGCAAUGACAAAAUGACUUUUUUAUGCCAAGUAGCUUAGCAUGAUUAGCAGCUCUAAAACGCUCCGUAAUUACCUCAUACUGGUGUCUCUAAAAACCCUAAUUUCAUCUCUAUUCAGGUUCUGCG